UUUGGGGCUCGAUCAAAGCGACCCUGCCAAAAUCACGCUAGGUGGCACGCUCACGGGAUUACGGUACGCAGCAGGCAAGUUCAGUCGGGCACCAAAACGUGCGCGGAACAGCUUGAGCGGUACCGCAGGAGCAAACGAGUAAUCGCUCUCCCAAACUCGGCAGGCCAAACAGCUGCGCUCGCUUGCGGCUGGCCAAGCGGAGUCCCACAGCCCGUUCAAGGCUUGCAAAAGAACGCGCAAGUCGCCGCUAAGUCGCCGCUUCUAGAGCGCGACCGCUUUUGCUGACGCGCGCGCACGAGCCGCGUCGCCAGCAGCAAAGCGAAGAAAGGAUUCCGCCGCCGCGGGGCAAGAUGCCGGCGGCCCGCGUCGCG